CGACUGCACUGUUUUAGGCCACUUCGCAAAUGAUCGGCACCAUCACCUCUGAGGUCUAGCAGGUUGCAGGUUAGAGGUCGUCUACUUCGAGCGAUGCAGACAGUUCCAAACAUUCGUUAACCUUGGCAGGGGUCACGAACUUGACCAGAUACCUGGCAUUUUCGCGCAAUCUAUUGAAACGGGAGGGCUCACGGAGCUCAGUACGAUACGAACAGAACAUCAACAAGUCGUUAGAGUCUGGCCGGACAUGCGGAUACAAGUCUUUUCACAGUCAUGGCUCGAGUCUCAUUCUCCGCAUUCCAAUCCUUACCACCUCAGCUUGGCGCGGCGCGCACCUGCAUACACUGUCCACGGUUUUAGCACCUUGCGUGGCGAGCUUCCUGCCCCUUAACUUCAAGAGUUCCAACCUUGAUCACUCGUGCACGAUCACGAUUAACGCCGCGAACAUGCGCACCCACUUUCUCGCUAUCGCCGCCUUUGCAGUGCUCACAUUUGCGCAACACCCUGUUGGACAGAUCUCCGACGGCCAAAUUCAGGCCUCAAUACCGCCAGCUCCUUCGACGGGCACCACAGCUGCAGUCGCCAGUACUUCACGGUUGUCAACAACAGCGAUAUCCGUGGCAGCGCCUGUCUUCAGUUCUGCUUUGACCAAUGACUCUUCCACUUAUACAACCUCUGCGUCACCAGUGACCUCAGUCCCUGCCCCAAGCGCCAGGUCUUCCUCUUCCGUGCAGUCUUCUCACAACUCUAUAUCAAUCUCAGCAGCUACCUCGAACAGCGUAGGGGCAGUGGCAGUCGCAGUCAGCAGCGCCAGCCCUUCGCCGAUCGCUCCAAGCUCCACGACCUUCGCCGUUAUCGUCUCGCGGCCCGCGAACGGUACAUACAUCGUCAGCACAAGCCAGACGGUCCCUAACUCUUCCAAGAGCGUUGCGACAAGCAGCGUUGCUCCGUCCACCGCUGCCAGUUCGCCAGUCAUUCCUGCGGUGAGCGCCUCCGUGGCACCAAUAAUUAGCUCACCCACGGUUACAACCUCUGCGCGACCGACAAACGCUGCCGGUACUUUUGGCGUGCAGACUGGUGUCACUCUUGCUGUCUUAGUCCUUGCGCUGCUGGCUUAAGCUGGCGAUCUGCUAUAACAUCAAACGGUUUGGUACUACAACGUGUUCGCGCGUCGGUGGUCAAGAGCUAUGCGCAGAAUAAAAGACAGACUUGAGUAUAUGUGAUCAC